AUGUCCGACUACGCCUCCCUAAAGGUCCCAGAGUUGAAGAAACUUCUUCAAGAGAAGUCGUUACCUGUGGCUGGUAACAAGGCCGACCUAAUCGCUCGUCUGCAAGAUCACGACAAGUCCCAGAAUCCCGCUCCCGUUCGCGAAAACGAGGACGAAAUUGAUUACAGUGAUGAUGAUGUCCCUGCCACUUCCAAGCCCGCGGAAGCUGCGAAAGCUGCCGAGCCCGUGGAGCCAACACCUGCUCCAGCUGAGGAGAAGCCUGGCGAGCCUAGCGAGCCGGUGACAAGUGCGCCAGAAGCUGCUGCGACGACAGAACAGCCGGCCGACGAGGACGCUAAAGAACCCGCAAAGACGGAGGCACCAAAAGAAGAUUUCUCUGCACACCUUCCUGCAUCCAACGCAGAUGAAGAGGCACGCAAGCGCGCCGCACGAGCUAAACGGUUUGGCGUAGUUGAAAAUGACGAGGAUAAGAAGAAAGCUGAGCGCGCUGAGCGUUUUGGCGUAGAGCAACCUGCUUUGGUAAAGGGUCUCGACGAGGCGCUGCCUGAGAAGAGACCGUCAAAGCGAGGCCGCGAAGGUGGCAAUGCCGAAGGCGAACGAGGCGCGAAGCGACAAAACCCUGGUGGUCGACACCGAGGCAAAGGACGUUUCCGCCAAGGUGGAGGCGGUAGGCCAGGUGGACCUCGAAAGGAAAACAGACCGACUGGUGGUGCAAAGGGGAAGUCUGGCAUCCUAAAUGACCCGUCCGAAAGGGCGAAAGCUGAGGCACGGGCAAAGCGUUUCGCUGGCGGCUCUUAA